AUGGUGAAGAACACAUACAUGCGCUGGCGGCUGCCGCUCGUCUGCCUCCUCUGGGAGGUCGCUAUGAUCGUCCUCUUUGGGGUCUUUGUGCGCUUUGACCCCGAAGCCGAUGCGCACUGGAAGGAGGAGCAGCGCCAGAAGAAUCUCACCAGUGACACAGAGAACGAUUUCUACUUCAGGUAUCCAUCUUUCCAGGAUGUCCACGUGAUGAUCUUCGUGGGUUUUGGCUUCCUGAUGACAUUCCUCCAGCGCUAUGGCUUUGGAGCUGUUGGCUUCAACUUCCUCCUUGCUGCCUUCGGGAUCCAGUGGGCUCUCCUGAUGCAGGGCUGGUUCCAUUCUUUCGAGAACGGAAAGAUACUCAUUGGAGUGGAAAACCUGAUCAAUGCAGAUUUCUGCGUGGGUUCUGUCUGCAUCGCCUUUGGGGCCAUCCUGGGCAAAACCAGCCCCGUGCAGCUGCUCAUCCUGACGUUGUUUCAAGUCACGCUCUUUGCUGUGAAUGAGUACAUCCUCGUCAGCCUGCUCCACGUUAAAGAUGCUGGUGGGUCCAUGACCAUUCAUACCUUUGGAGCCUAUUUUGGCCUGACAGUGACCAGAAUUCUGUACCGGCCCAACCUGGAACAGAGUAAAGACAAGCAAGGCUCUGUGUACCACUCCGACCUCUUUGCUAUGAUCGGUACCCUGUACCUGUGGUUGUACUGGCCCAGCUUUAACUCAGCUGUUUCAAACCACGGGGAUGCGCAGCACCGAGCCGCCAUUAACACCUACUGCUCACUGGCCUCCUGUGUCCUCACCACCGUGGCCUUCUCCAGCCUGCUGCAGAAGAAAGGCAAGCUCGACAUGGUUCAUAUCCAGAAUGCAACGCUGGCCGGUGGCGUGGCUGUGGGGACCGGUGCGGAGAUGAUGCUGACUCCAUACGGAUCCCUCAUCGUUGGAUUCCUCUGUGGCAUUGUGUCCACUGUUGGGUUCGUCUACCUCAUGCCAUUCCUGGAGUCCAAGCUGCACAUUCAGGACACCUGCGGCAUCCACAACCUACAUGCCAUGCCGGGGCUUAUUGGAGGCAUUGUGGGGGCUGUCACCGCAGCUGCAGCUACUGAAGAGGUGUAUGGAAAGGAAGGGCUCAUCAGUGCCUUUGACUUCACGGGUGACUACAAGGAUCGGACGCCCAGUGUCCAAGGGGGGUUCCAGGCAGCUGGCAUUUUCGUGUCCCUGGCCAUGGCCUUGGCUGGGGGGGCCAUUGUGGGUGCUAUUUUGAAAAUGCCGUUCUUGGGGGACCCUGCAGAUGAGAACUGCUUUGAGGAUGAUGUCUACUGGGAGGUGCCUGAGGAUGAGGAGAGCAGCCUGUACCACAUGCAUGACCCCACCCUCAAACCUGUGACUUCCUAA